CAUCUUCUUCUUCAUCAUCAUUUUUCUCAGAUUUUCUCUGCUCUUUCUUUUCUUUUCCAUGAAAACUCACACCAAGGCUCUAAUUAACGUCAAGGUGCUGCCAUCAGAUCAGAGACAUAAACUGAUUGCAGGAUCGUCAUUACAGAAUUGCAUUGUCUCCUUGUGGCCUUGGCAUCAUCAUCAUCAUCAACAUCAACUUGGUGAUUAUUAUAAUCAUCACAACAACAAUAUCAAGAAGAUGAGAGGGAAGCCAUUUUCAUGCAAGACCAUUCUCUUCUUGAGCAUCGUCUGUUUCCUCGCCGGAACCCUAUUCACCACCCAGAUUUGGACCCGUUCGUCUACCGUCGAAAUCCCGGUGCCGGUGGUAGCAACAGCACAAGGCUGCGAUCACAAGCGGAAAUUGUCUGAAGGAAAGCCUGGAGAUGUUCUGGAGGAAGUUUCGAAGACGCAUCAAGCUAUACAGUCACUGGAUAAGGCAGUUUCAACACUGGAAAUGGAACUAGCAGCAGCACGUAGAAUAAGCCAAAAUAAUAACAAUAAAAAUAAGAAUAGACAGAAAGCUUUUGUGGUUAUUGGAAUUAAUACAGCCUUUAGCAGCAAGCAACGACGAGAUUCACUUCGACAAACAUGGAUGCCUACAGGUAAUGAGUUGAAGGAAAUGGAGAAGAAGAAGGGAAUAGUGAUAAGGUUCAUGAUAGGGCACAGUGCAACACCAGGAGGGAUUCUAGACAAAGGCAUAGACGAAGAAGAAGCUCAAUACAAAGACUUUCUCAGACUUGAUCAUGUUGAGGGCUACCAUGAGCUCUCUUCCAAGACUCGUCUCUAUUUCUCCACCGUCGUUUCCCUGUGGGACGCCGAGUUCUACAUGAAAGUCGACGAUGACAUCCACUUGAAUAUCGGUAUGCUAGUAAGUACACUUGCUAAAUACCGAUCAAGACCUAGGGUUUAUAUUGGCUGCAUGAAAUCUGGUCCUGUUCUACAUCAAAAAGGGGUUAAGUACCAUGAGCCUGAGCACUGGAAAUUUGGAGAAGAAGGAAACAAGUAUUUCAGGCAUGCCACUGGCCAAAUCUAUGCCAUCUCUAAGGAUCUUGCAACUUAUAUUUCCAUCAAUUGGCCUAUACUUCACAGAUAUGCAAAUGAGGACGUAAGUUUAGGCUCAUGGUUAUUUGGCCUAGAGGUUCAACAUAUUGAUGAACGUUCUAUGUGUUGUGGAACUCCUCCAGACUGUGAUUGGAAGGCAAGAGCGGGGAAUGUAUGCGUGGCGUCAUUUGAUUGGUCAUGCAGUGGCAUUUGCAAGUCAGUGGAGAAAAUGAAGGACAUACACAAAUCUUGUGGUGAAGGAGAAGGAGCUGUUUGGAAUGUUGAACUUUAAUAUAAUAAUUCACACUUUAAUUUGCUCAGACAUAAAAUAGAAUCAAACAUAGGAUCUUAAUAUGAUUUAGAGCAUUUUCCUUUCUUUUAUGUUUUUUGGCUUAAUUACCAUAUUUUUAUACCAAUAAUAGAGCUCUAUG